GCCCUGCCUUUGGCGCAGGUGUGGGCUUGUGUUUAAGGGGUAUAUAUGGGGAAGCUCCAUGGAGGACAGCAGAGCGUGGGUCUCACCUCCCCUGGCGCCGCGUUGCUCGCUUCCUAGGAGCUUGUGUCUUACAUGUCCUGUGCAGCGAGCAGCCUUACCAGCUGACUUAAUGUCUCCUGUGCUUGCCCAGGAACAGGCCGGGCUCUUGCCAUGGGGCACUGUCGCCUCUGCCAUGGGAAGUUCUCCUCACGGAGUCUCCGCAGCAUUUCUGGCAGGGCACCUGGGGAGAGCUCAGACAGACCACCCCCAGGGGAGCGAGUUUUCAUCAGGGACUUCCAGCACUUGCUGGGGGUGGCCGUCCACCAGGACCCAGCUCUGUCUCAGUUUGUCUGCAAGAACUGCCACACCCAGUUCUACCAGUGCCAUGGCCUCCUCAAGUCCUUCCUGCAGAGAGUCAACGUCUCCCCGACCGGCCACCGGAAGACUUGCACAAAGGUUGGUGCCCAGCCCCCACCAGGGGCAGAGGAGGGAGCGUGUCUGGUGGACCUGAUCACUUCGAGCCCCCAGGGCCUACGUGACUUGGUGGCAUGGGUGCAUGGACACGCAGCCAGCUGUGGGGCCCUGCCUAACCUCCAGAGGACACUGUCCUCCGAGUACUGCGGUGUUAUCCAAGCCGUGUGGGGCUGUGACCAGGGCCACGACUAUACCAUGGACGCCGACUCCAGCUGCGGGGCCCUCUUGCUGGACAGUGCGUUGGCAGUCAAGUGGACAUGGGACAAGGAGAUGGCCCCGUGGCUCACCCAGCAUCGGGGAUCCAACCCCACUGGGGCUGCCCCUCAGAGCUCCCAGGGCAAAGCGACCACAAUUCCAGCUGAGACCGAGACACUGCCCAGCACGGACAUGGCCCAGCCUCCUUCAGAUGUCAUCCCUGUAGGGCCUGGGCUGAGCCCCCCACCUCAGCCAAGCUUCCCCUCAAGUGGGGCCCCAGGGCGGUUGGGUGAGAAGCAGGUUCCAUCUUCAACCUCGGAUGAUCGGGUAAAAGACGAGUUCAGUGACCUUUCUGAGGGGGACAUCCUGAGUGAAGACGAAAAUGACAAGAAGCAGAAUACCCAGUCCUCGGACGAAUCCUUUGAGCCUUAUCCAGAAAAGAAGGUCUCUGGUAAAAAGAGCGAAAGCAAAGAAGCCAAGAAGUCUGAAGAACCAAAAAUCCGAAAGAAGCCUGGACCGAAGCCGGGCUGGAAGAACAAGCUCCGCUGUGAGAGGGAGGAGCUACCCACCAUCUACAAGUGCCCUUACCAGGGCUGCACAGCUGUGUACCGAGGGGCCGACGGCAUGAAGAAGCACAUAAAGGAGCACCAUGAGGAGGUCCGGGAGAGGCCCUGCCCCCACCCUGGCUGCAACAAGGUGUUCAUGAUCGAUCGCUAUCUGCAGCGUCACGUGAAGCUCAUCCACACAGAGGUGCGGAACUAUAUCUGUGAUGAGUGUGGACAGACCUUCAAGCAACGGAAGCACCUUCUUGUCCACCAGAUGCGCCACUCAGGAGCCAAGCCUCUGCAGUGUGAAGUCUGUGGCUUCCAGUGCCGGCAGCGAGCAUCCCUCAAGUACCACAUGACUAAACACAAGGCUGAGACUGAGCUGGACUUUGCCUGUGACCAGUGUGGCCGGCGGUUCGAGAAGGCCCACAACCUCAACGUGCACAUGUCCAUGGUCCACCCUCUGACGCAGACCCAGGACAAGGCCCUGCCCCUGGAGCCACCGCCCGGGACUGUGGAGGGCCAGGCCGUGAAGCCCGAGCCUACCUGAACUCCGGUGGUAAAUGGGGUUAAGACAGUUUCAGUAGUUCCUCAUACGCAACCUGACAGCACAGCUUUGCUCGCUCGCUCCCCUGGAGCCCCCAUGCUGUACCCCCCCCACCUGUGUGUCAGGAGGGCAUUGAUCUGCAGUAUGGUGACCGUGGGCUCAGUGUGCAACUCACGUAGCCUUUCCAGCCUCCACUCUGGGACCAGCAUUUUCCUACAAAUACUGAAUGACUCGGGGCCAGAUGAAUUUUAAAUAAUUGAUUCCUAUUCCCCACUAAAGCAAUCAAGGAGAUUUGUAAUCCACUUUUUAGUGCAAGAGCUCCAUGUUAUGCUUGUAAUAAAUUAUUUACCAAGGAGCUGGGCUGUGCGCUGCGCAGGGUCCAGUCAGAAGAGA